UGAUCGUUGUUGUCCUAUGUUCUCGCGAGUCCAAAAUUUUAUUUAUUUUAGAAAGUUUACGUAGUUUUAAUCGUAAAAUGUGAGCAGGUAUUACAUUUUCAAUUGUGAGAUUUGUUUAUUGUUGAAAAAUGUCGUCAAAUAAUACAGAUUCAUACAAAAAGUCUACGGAGUCCGAAAAUGGUUCCAACAAUGCUCACAACAAUCAAUCAGAAUCUCAAAAGCCGGGAGAAAAUGCAGAGAGAAACAAAUCGAAUAAAACCUCUAAUGAAUCUCAAGGAAACUGUUACUGCGGGAAAGAUCGAAAUCUGAACAUAGCAGAGUUGUUGUGUGCUUCUUGCAAUCGAUGGUUUCACGAAUCAUGCAUUGGUUACCAGCUUGGCAAGUUGGUACCGUUCAUGACGAACUAUUUGUUUAUUUGCAAGAACUGCUCACCAACGGGACUUGAGACAUUCAAGAAGAAUCAGGCUCCAUUCCCGCAGAUGUGUCUCACAGCUAUUGCGAACUUGCGGCAGGAGACUGUAAAGGAAGGCACCAACCGACUGUUAUUUAGUAAAGACCGUGAGAUCAUACCAUACAUUGAUCAGUAUUGGGAAGCUAUGACCACUAUGCCAAGAAGAGUGACUCAAUCUUGGUAUGCAACAGUUCAAAGAGCUCUAAUAAAAGAUAUACAAGUACUGUUUACUUAUGAAGAAGACGCCAACCAAGGACCUAUGUUUGGGCUAUACAAUAUGGAACUAACAGCUAUCAAGCCUAACUAUGAAGCUAUGAUUAAGCAAGGACAGCUUAAAGUCACUGACAUGGGUAUAGCUACAAUUCCAUUGGCUGGAAAUGUGAAGGGUAGACAGGGGAAGCGUCGGCCGGCAGUUGGCGGGGCGACUGAUGCGGGCGCGCCAGUCGGCAAGAAAGGUCGAACUGCGGACUUGGGAGCUUUGAAGCUACCAUCCCACGGCUACCCUACAGAACAUCCCUUCAACAAGGAUGGCUAUCGUUACAUCCUGGCUGAGCCUGACCCACAUGCACCCUUUAGACAGGAAUUCGAUGAGAGCAAUGAAUGGAGUGGUAAGCCGAUCCCCGGCUGGCUGUACCGGUCACUAUGCCCCGGUAUAGUAUUACUAGCACUGCAUGAUCGGGCGCCGCAGCUCAAGAUAUCUGAAGAUAGGCUCGCAGUAACAGGGGACAAGGGGUACUGCAUGGUGCGGGCUACACAUGGUGUAUCUCGCGGCAGUUGGUACUGGGAGGUGUGUGUGGAGGAGAUGCCGGAGGGCGCGGCCACUCGGCUGGGCUGGGGACGACGGUAUGCUAACCUGCAAGCACCAUUAGGCUACGACAAGUUUGGGUAUUCUUGGCGCAGUCGGAAGGGUACUAGAUUCCACGAGUCUAAAGGAAAACAUUACAGUAAUGGGUAUGGCGAAGGCGACACGCUGGGCUUCCUUAUCGUAUUGCCAGAGAGUGCCACCACUAAGUAUACUCCCAAUACUUACAAAGACAGGCCACUUGUAAAAUUCAAGAGUCAUCUUUAUUAUGAAGACAAAGAUAACAUACAAGAAUCUCUUAACAAUCUCAAACCUUUACCUGGGAGUAAGAUUUACUAUUUCAAAAACGGAGAAUGUCAGGGCGAAGCAUUUAUAGAUAUUUACGAAGGCUGCUAUUAUCCUACCGUGUCGCUGCAUAAAAACGUCACGGUCAGCGUCAACUUCGGUCCUAAUUUCAAACAUGCGCCACCUAGUGAAUACAAGUAUCGACCGAUGUCAGAAAAAGCAGAAGAAGCGAUCUGCGAGCAGACCAUGGCAGACCUACUAUACCUAACCGAGAACGAGGGCAAGCUACGAUUGGACAACUUCAACCUCUGAUACAACUAACACCGUUAAUCGCGGUGUGAAAUGAAUGAAUGAAAUGAGUGCACAGUGCAAGUGAUUAAAGUGAACUAUUUGAAAUCCACUGUACAACAUUGUACUCCAAGACGUUGCAAAUAUAUAUAAAUAUAUAAAUCAUUAAUAUCAGUAUUUACGGUCUUUUUGCUAUUGUAAAAAUUUGGCCUUUAACAUUGUAAAUUCUUUUAAAAAAGU